GCACACAGUAGGUGCUUAAUAAGUGUUUGUUGAGUGAUUGAUUGAAAGAGAGAAGAGGGAAAGUUGCAGAGAGGCUCAUAAAAGCAGCAGCUUCUUGAUCAUUAGAGCCAGCCUCCAAGGGGGAUGGGCUCCCCAUCCCGGGAGGUCUUCAAGCAGAGGCAGCCAGGGUAACCACUUCUCAGAGAUCCCUGCGAAGCAUGGACUGGGUCUCCUCCGAGGCUCUGAUUCUGGGUGGCCGGGUCACUGCUGAGAGCAAUUGCCCGGCAGGGAAAGAAUGGCUUCGGGACCAUCUCGUGUGGCAGGGACGGGAGCCCAAGCAGAGGACAGCAGCCUGGAAAGGACAAUGCAGGUCCAGGUUCCAGAACUACCAAGUGAGCUUCUAUUCUAGAAUCACUUCCAUACCCAGUCCAAAGCCGCAGUAGCACGUCCUGCCCAACAAGAGAACUCAGUCCUUGCAAAUGCCUAGUCCUUGCUCCUGAGCAGAGUGGGGAGUCUGGGGUGGCGCCUCCUUUUGGGACACCUCCCCUGCCCUCACCCCGGUCUCCUGCACAAGCGCUGGCCCUGAUCAGUCUCUCUGGAGGAGGUCGAGCUGCCCAGCCCCCUGUUUCCCUCUACGACCAGGUGAGCUUGCCAGCUGCCCCACCUCCCCUGGAUCCCCAGCCACAUCAUGAAGAGCAGCAGCAAAAGAGACUCGAACCGGCGCGCGUUCAUGGAUCAGGUGCGGGAGUGCCGAGACAAUGGCUAUCUGCUCUCCUCCAAGAAGAUCGGUUCGGGAGCUUUCUCCAAAGUCUACCUGGGAUACGCUACCCACGAGAGGAUGCGCCAAAACUACAAGCUGUCCUCGGAUCUGAGAGCCAAGCGCCACACUAUGGUAGCCAUUAAGAUAAUAUCUACAGCUGAAGCCCCCUUAGAAUACUCGAGGAAGUUCCUUCCCCGAGAGAUCUACUCCCUCAAUGCCACCUACAAGCACCUGAAUGUGAUUCAGCUUUACGAGACGUACCGGAACAGCCAGCGCUCCUACCUUGUUCUGGAGCUUGCCUCGCGCGGAGACUUGCUGGAGCACAUCAACGCCACGUCGGACCGGCGCUGCUGCCCUGGGUUGGAGGAGGAAGAGGCCAGAAGGCUCUUCCGACAGCUUGUCAGUGCUGUGGCCCACUGCCACAACGUGGGCAUUGUUCACCGGGAUUUAAAGUGUGAGAACAUCCUGCUGGAUGAUCGAGGGUUUGUGAAGCUGACUGAUUUUGGCUUUGCCAAUCGGACCGCAGUGAAGAAUUCUCUGCUGAGCACAUUCUGUGGCUCUGUGGCCUAUACAGCCCCUGAGAUCCUCAUGAGCAAGAAGUAUAAUGGGGAACAGGCUGACCUGUGGAGUCUUGGCGUGAUCCUUUAUGCCAUGGUGACAGGGAAACUGCCCUUCAAGGAGAGACAACCCCACAAAAUGCUGCACCUCAUGCGCCAGAGCCUGGCCUUCCGGCCCAGCCUGUCCCAAGAGUGCCAGGACCUGAUCCAGGGUCUGCUCCAGCUGCGGCCGAGAGCCCGGCUGGGCCUGCAGCAGGUGGCUUCCCACUGCUGGAUGCUGCCUGCGUCCCAUGCCCUGUUCCACAAUGUGCUCAGUGCUACGCCAGGGACUGAGGAGAAAGCCCUGACGGGUGAGCUGGCAUCAGAAGAAUUGGAGGGAUCUGAACCACAGGACCAGGAAGCAGGAGCCCUGAUCCCUGCAACCAUAAGGAUGCUUGAGGGGCCCCCCGAGACCAGCUCUGAGCAGGCCCCAACAAGCGAGCUGUCGGCAACGACCCUGCUUCGGCCUCCCAGUUCCCUCCUCCAGCUGCCAUCUACCCAGCUGGCACAGCCGUUGGGUCCGGGUCCCGGCCCUGCAUCCCCACCCACUCGCCCUCCAUCAAUAGGUCGGCCCAGCAUACUGGCCAGCCUGAAGCCUAAUUUCCACAAGACUGGGAGCUUGCCAUCAUGGGCAGGAAUAGGGCCCCAGAGCCCUUCAGGGGGCAGCCUAGCCGGGCCCAGCGCUUCCCGGCAGAUUCUGUCCCUCUACUCUAUGUCUGUGAUUCGGAAAGCCCCGCUGCACCGCCUGGUCAACUGAGGGAUGGGAAGGGGUUGGAUUGGGUAAGGGGAGUGGGGACAGGGGCCAGAUAAAGUAUUUAUUCUGUCAGAGCUGCUGGAGAUGUCUCUGGGGGAGGGAUGGGGGGACUUGGACUAGGAAUUGGGGGUAUGCCGACAGGGAAAGGAAAGGCAGUCUCCCUCUAACCUAGAGAAGCCUCUAAUCAGACAUAGGCCCCAUUCACGUGCAACCUCCUCAGAAAAUCGGAGAAUAGAAAUGAACACCAAGGGUCACCCAGACCACCUCAAACCACAACAGCCCUCCCUCUCAUGAAGUCUUCCACAAAGUUCUCAGAAGUGAUUUUCUGUUAUUCUAAUAGAAGCUCCUUUUGUAGGUACUUGAGAGGUAGCGAGCAGAGU